AUGCUAUUCUCUCGUAUUUUUUCACAAAUUAAUUCAAUUAAUUCAGGCAAAAACGUUAAAAACAUUCAAAGUUCUAUAAAAUUGUAUUCUAAUUUUUAUUAUAAUAAUAAUAAACGAUCAACUGGACAAAUUUUAAAACUUCAGUUUACAAAUUUAUCGAAAAAUAAUUUUCAAUUUAAAAGGAAUUAUACAAUCAAUAAUAACAAUAUUAUUAAUCAUGAAUAUAAAAAGGCAAAAACUAAUAAAACCCUCUUUACUCAAAUUAUCUUAAUACUUGCUCCAAUUAUAACUUUUGGUCUUGGUACUUGGCAAGUACAACGUUUACGUUGGAAAGUCGGGUUAAUAGAAGAAUAUGAAGACCAAACCUUGCCCGAAUAUUUCUAUAGACGCAUUAAAACUUCUGGAAAAUUUCGACAUGACCAAGAAAUGCUAAUUGGUCCUCGUACUUUUAAUAAUAACCUUGGUUAUUAUGUAAUUACACCACUUGAACGAGAAAACGGGACAACAAUAUUAGUUAAAAGAGGAUGGAUAUCUAGAGAUAAAAUUGAUUCUCCAUUCAGAAGAAAUGAUCAGAAAUCUUGGUUUACUCCAAAAAAUGAACCAGAUCAAAAUCAAUGGAUAUGGAAUGAUAUUGAAAAUAUGGCAGAAAGGACGGGAGCUCAACCUGUCUUAAUCGAGCAGAAUUUAGUUUGUUCGCCUCAUUUAAUAAAUCAAAUAAUUCAAGAUGGAAUCCCCGUAGGUAAAAUGCCUAUCGUGGAUUUACGUAAUACGCACUUGCAAUAUGCGGUAUUCGUUGUCCUUAGCAACAAGCAUUAUGCUCUAUUUUCUCUUCAGGAAACCACCGGAUGGGCAUGUGGUACGUCAAGUGAUGAAAGGUUAAAAAGCAAAGCAAGCAUUCAUUAA